GCGACCGGGCCGCCCACCAUGGAGCCCGUGACCAAGUGGAGCCCCAAGCAAGUGGUGGACUGGACGAGAGGGCUGGAUGAUUGCCUGCAGCAGUAUGUCCACAAGUUCGAGCGGGAGAAGAUAAACGGGGAACAGCUGCUGCAGAUUUCCCACCAGGAUCUCGAGGAGCUGGGUGUCACCAGGAUCGGGCACCAGGAGCUCGUGUUGGAGGCUGUGGACCUUCUCUGUGCACUGAAUUAUGGCCUGGAAACUGACAAUAUGAAGAACUUGGUUCUGAAACUGCGAGCCUCUUCCCACAACUUACAGAAUUACAUAAGCAGCCGGAGGAAAAGCCCCACUUACGACGGGAACACCUCCCACAAGCCCCCCAAUGAGUUCCUGACUUCUGUGGUGGAGCUCAUAGGUGCGGCCAAGGCCUUGCUAGCCUGGCUGGACAGGGCACCAUUUACAGGGAUCACUGAUUUCUCAAUAACGAAGAACAAAAUUAUUCAGCUUUGCUUGGACCUGACCACGACAGUCCAGAAGGAUUGCCUAAUAGCAGAAAUGGAAGAUAAAGUUUUAGCUGUGGUCAAGGUUUUGAACGGCAUCUGUGACAAAACCAUCCGAUCUGCGGCAGACCCUGUGAUGAGCCAGUGCGCGUGCCUGGAGGAGGUGCACCUGCCGGAUGUGAACCCCGGGGAGGGCCUGGGCAUGUACAUCAAGUCAACCUACGACGGACUGCAUGUGAUCACCGGGACCACGGAAAACUCUCCUGCAGACAGAUCUCAGAAGAUCCAUGCCGGUGAUGAAGUCAUUCAAGUUAAUCGGCAAACUGUGGUGGGAUGGCAGCUAAAAAACCUGGUAAAAAAGUUGAGAGAGAACCCUACUGGAGUUGUGUUACUGCUUAAGAAGCGCCCCACGGGGUCUUUCAACUUCACUCCUGCCCCCCUGAAGAACCUCCGGUGGAAGCCGCCCCUCGUGCAGACCUCACCUCCACCCACAACAACCCAGUCCCCCGAGAGCACUAUGGAUACCUCGCUGAAGAAGGAGAAGCCAGCCAUCCUGGAUCUGUACAUUCCUCCUCCUCCAGCCGUCCCCUACUCCCCCCGCGAUGAGAAGGGGAGUUCUGCUUAUGGAGGACCCAGUAGGUGUAAACAGGCACUGCCUGGCCGGAAGGGUUCUCAGUCUCCAAAUUCCUUCCUGGACCAGGAGAGCCGCAGACGGAGAUUUACCAUCACUGAUUCUGAUCAGUUGCCCGGCUAUUCCAUGGAAACCAAUAUUCUGCCCACAAAAAUGAGAGAAAAAACACCAUCUUAUGGCAAACCCCGGCCCUUGUCUAUGCCUGCUGAUGGGAGCUGGAUGGGGAUUGUGGACCCUUUUGCCAGACCCCGAGGCCAUGGGAGGAAAGGUGAGGACGCCCUCUGCCGGUACUUCAGCAACGAGCGGAUCCCCCCCAUCGUGGAGGAGAGCGCCUCUCCCCCAUACCGGUUCUCCAGGCCCACCGAGCGGCACUUGGUGCGAGGCACAGACUACAUCCGCGGGAGCCGCUGCUACGUCAAUGCGGAUCUGCACAGCAGUGCCACCAUCCCGUUCCAGGAGGAAGGGACCAAAAAGAAAUCCGUCUCCUCAGGGGCCAAGUCCUCCUCUCCAGAACCUUCCCUGCUGGUCAGCUGGUUCACGCGCCUUAAGCUGUUGACUCACUGAGCCCCGGCGAGAGCCUCGCGCCACCAGUGCCUUGUUGUGUCCGCCGCUGAGCGCCCCAUGACUCGGCCCCCACUGUUAUGUAGCCACCUCCUGCAUCUCGGCGCUUUAAUUUUGAAAGCUGUAGACUGCCCUUCUCGGAAUUCUGAAGCGACUGGAUGGGAACCGCCCCCGAGGAUCCCCAGUGCUGGCUUGUGGAGGUAGAAGGAGACAGAUGGAGAAGCUGCCCCGAGUCGGAACUCGGAGACACCCUGUGAACCGGUCAGUCGGAUGGCCGAGGUCCUGGGGCAGGACCGGGGUUUCUUUGGGACUGGGACAGAAGUCGGUGGCCAGGGCCACACAGAAGUCAUGUUGGUUUGUGGUCCGACGUCUUCACGCAAAAGGCCAAUGGAGAAAACACAUGUGUUUUGAUCCCCCCCCCCCAAGUUCCAUACCUAUUUGUAGGUUUUGACUUUGAAAUAAUGGCAACGUGUGGCAAGUCGUCUGAUGCACUUGCAAAGCAGAAGUUGAAGUCCAGGCCUGUUACACCUGGUUAAUCCCCGUGUUAACCAUCUCUGUGUAGGUCACUUAGAAAUGGAACCGUGAACGCGUUUAGGUGGGAUUUGUUCCACGCAAGGAAGUUGAUGGUGAUUCGUGAGAGUGUGUCAUAGUCAUCUGCACUAUUGUCUUUAAGGGAAGAGAAGCUAUAAGGUGUGCUGACAGCCAAAGUCUCUUCCGGAAGGGGGGCCACAGUACCAUGUGUGGCCGAGGGGACAGUGGUCAGUUCGCGUGUUGAGCUGUUCAGUGUCUGCUAGGAAAGAACAGACUGUCUUUCGGAAUUACACACAUUUUGCUAAUUAGAAAUCUCUGGCGAGGCUCACGGUCACUCCUUUUCAAUUAGCAUCAGGUAUUUUGAGAAAGUGUGUCUGAUAUUAACUCUUGUUUCAACUGAAUGUAUGAUUCUUUGUUAGAAUGGAAAAGCACUAUCUUGUUAAUUUAAGUGUUUUAAAUAUAGUUGUAUAUUUUUCUUACUCCUAGUCACAUGGAAUGGAAAUGUUUCUGUUUUGCGUCCUGUGUGAAGCUGGCCAGAGUGUCCCAGGUGUUUUCAAGUUCAAGGGGUGACCACAUGGCCCUCCUUGUUAAGAUACAGAGUGAGUCCUCACAAGCAUUUGGGGAUGUUUUACAUUGGAGCUGGGGGCAUUGAGGAUGUGUGUUCAAAGUAAAAUUACAUUCAGGGAAUUACCUGAGGUGAAUUCCCAGGCAGAACUGCGCUUACUUGAAAAUAGCCUCUCCACAUACCCCUGGAGUUGUUUACGUUGCUAAACAGCCUGAAAUUCAAUAAAUUGGAGAUUCCCUGGACUUAGUCAACAUCAUCCCUUUAAAACGCCCCUACUGGGGCUAAGGAAACCAGUAAUCACUCAUGUUUGACCCUUUUCAGCCUCUAAAGGCACUGCAGCGAGGCAAAUAGAAGGGGUUUUGGCAAACCUGGGGUACCAGAAGCAGGAACCCUGUGACUCACCGGGUUCUGAACAGCACAGUGUAAGGCUGACAGUGGGACUGGGCAGGCGGGUAAUAGGGCCACCGGGCGCUACAGGAGCUCUGGUGAAGUGGGGCACCCCUGACCCAGUUUACUGUUCGCUUUAGGCCCAGAAAAUGGGCUGGCAACUUUCUUCUCCCUUCCUGGACUUAGAGGCGGGCUCAGUGUUGUCGUUUAACUGAGUCGUGAGUUCAAUAGCUUUGGAGGCCUCAGCCAGAGGUUACCCCCUUUCCUGUGGAGAAAAUGCCACGUGUGACUAAACUGCAUUUCCAGAAGUCAGUAUUCACCAUGGGCUGAGUUGACCUACGUGACUCACUGGAUGGUGUUUUCAGACUGUUU